GGCUCUGAUUCAGGAUCUGGGCGGGGAUCCGCCAUCUGGCCGCGAGAGUGCCGGGUCGCCGGCCAGCGCUCGGAUCCCGGAUCUGAAGCGGCGUGGGGGUUGAGGACCGCGGGCCGUCUCGGCUGCCCAGUGGCACCGAGCCCCACCUCCCCGAGUUUGCCCUCCUCCCUCCAGUUUGACUUCCUGGAGGUGGAAUGAGGAGCUGCCUCCCUAGCUCCGGUCCCCAGCGCACACACGAUGGGACUCACGCCGCACCACGGGGGUCAGACCCGGUCGACUGCUCGGAGAGCGGGAGAAGGGGAGAGGAGGGAGGAUUAACUCACCGUAGGAAGCGGGGUCCCUGGACCCCUCUCACCUGCGGGGUGCACGGGGGCCUGCAACCGGGGUGGUAACCCAGACCAAACAGAAGCAGGCUAAGGAAAGAGGCUGGGUGGGGUCUGGCCUUGCCAGCCCAGUUAAAGACCAGCGGCCCGGAGGCGCCCUCCCGCGCGGCCCCUCUGCGUUCCUCCCUGCCCAGCCCAUUAGAAUUCACUCCUGGAGCUUUAAGGGGUGGGCUCUGCUCACUACGUGCCUUCGUGCGUCAUUCUCGUGCGCCCUGAGCCUCGGUCGUGGUCCACGUGGGUUCGGUGGAUAAACCCGGGCUGGGGAUCAUGGCGGGAACAGAGACUGGGGACGCCGCAGCAGGAGCCGAGGCCCCUCAGCCUCAGAAGCGCUACUAUCGGCAGCGGGCUCACUCCAACCCCAUGGCGGACCAUACGCUGCGCUACCCUGUGAAGCCAGAGGACAUGGAUUGGUCUGAGCUAUACCCAGAGUUCUUUGCUCCACUGACUCAAAAUCAGAGCCACGAUGACCCAAAAGAUAAGAAAGAAAAGAGAGCUGAAGCCCAAGUGGAGUUUGCAGACAUAGGCUGUGGCUAUGGCGGCCUCUUAGUGGAACUGUCACCGCUGUUCCCAGACACGCUGAUUCUGGGUCUGGAGAUCCGGGUGAAAGUCUCAGAUUAUGUGCAAGACCGGAUUCGGGCCCUACGAGCGGCUCCUGGAGGUGGUUUCCAGAACAUCGCCUGUCUCCGUAGCAAUGCCAUGAAACACCUUCCUAACUUCUUCCGCAAGGGCCAGCUGACAAAGAUGUUCUUCCUCUUCCCUGACCCACAUUUCAAGCGGACAAAGCACAAGUGGCGAAUCAUCAGUCCCACGCUGCUGGCAGAAUACGCCUACGUGCUGAGAGUUGGGGGGCUGGUAUACACCAUAACUGAUGUGCUGGAGCUACAUGACUGGAUGUGCACCCAUUUUGAAGGGCACCCCCUGUUUGAGCGCGUGCCUCUGGAGGAGCUGAGUGAAGAUCCCAUUGUGGGACAUCUGGGCACCUCGACCGAGGAGGGAAAGAAAGUUCUACGCAAUGGAGGAAAGAAUUUCCCAGCUAUCUUCCGACGAAUACAGGAUCCCACCCUCUAGGCAGUGACCCCCAAUCCUACCCUUCCUGAUCACUGACUUUGCCUUUGCUGACUUUGCCUUAGUUGGACCCCAUCUUCCAGGGACUGGAAAGAAGACUGGGCCCUUGGACCUUCCGAGCUGAGCCUCCUAGGGCUGAGCGGCAACAGUCUCUCAAAGAAGUUGAGGAGCUGCCCAGGGCAGAACCCUGGAGUUCAUGACCACCCCUGACUCCUCUCACCUUCUCACCCUUCCAGUGGCAGCAGAAAGCAAAAGCAGCUGACUGGGAAGGUCACAAGACCUUGGACCAGAAGGGAUCUUUGGAAGGGAGUGGAAUCUUGCUCUCCCUUAGCAGUCCCUUCUCCUGGGAUUUCUCCUUCUCAGCUGGAGUGAAGAACGCAGUUCUCCACUGUCCAUCUAAACUGCCUUCUAAGCUCAAA